AGCAAAAAUACAAUAAGAGUAGACUUUAAUUUGGGCAUCAUCGUGUUCCUCCCGGCAACAUUUUUGCUCUACCAAAGUUUGGUUUUUCAGGCAGAGCAGUUGCCCGGAGAAGAAAGCUCGAAUAGGGGACAUAUUCCAAUUUCACCCAAAAGUUCUUUCUUUUUUCUUUUUUCUAUUACUCUAUAGAAAAUAUCAACCGAAGGUGUCUAAAGUGGCACACAAUUCUAAAUCAUUGAUAGCAAGGUUCAAACCGUUUGAAACUGUUGAGAAGUUGGCGCCUCGCCGCACCCAUCUCCCUCUUUCUCUUUCCUCCGUAACUUCUCUCUAUACCUUUCUGAUUCCUCCACUCGUAACUUCUUGUGGGUCCCCAAUCAUCCUCCAUCCUCCUCUGACAUUCCCAGGUUCCUUCUCUUCCUCUUCCCAGCCGACGAGCAAAUUCAUCUGGGAAGGAAGAAAGUGCCCCACUUUCAUUUCCACCUUAGAAAAGACAAGGACCCACCGAGGAAGAAGAAGAAGAAGAAGAAGAAGAAGAAGAAGAAGAAUUUUGGGUUUUGAUGGAGUUAUUGGGUACUCUUAUUUUGCAUGAUAUUAUUACCUUCAAUGGGGUAAAGGUGCAAUUCGUGGUUAAAUUUAAUAAGAAACCAGAACUCAUUUUGUCCACGAAUAUGUAAAGGAAGACAAAAUUGGAACAACGAAGUGUUGGAAGGUUUUCAAAAUUCUUUUUUCUUUCUUUUUGGGUCGCAUUGUGAACCCACCAAGAACAAAGGAAGAUAUAUCAUUGUUAGGUUGUGAAGUAUUAUCUUUCUACCUUUAGAAUGAUGUCAACAGGCAAUGGUGACGGUGGGUCCUCUAGAUCUACCACAAGUGGUAGUGGCGAAAGAGGAGGUAACAAUAGAGGAGACAAUAACACAUAUGUAAAUGCGUUUGGGUUCGGUGAUAAUAGUGUUGCUCAUUACCAUCAACACCAUCACAAUCAUAAUAGAGGAGGAGGGAAUGCGGUAGGAAAUUCUACAAAUGACGGGAGAGAGAUUAAUAACAAUGUUGGUGGCGGUGGGAGGGAACGACCAUUAAAGAAAGGACCUUGGACAGCGGAAGAAGAUGCAAUUUUACUUGAAUACGUGAGGAAACACGGCGAAGGGAAUUGGAAUGCGGUGCAAAGGAAUUCAGGACUUAACCGUUGUGGGAAGAGUUGUCGCCUUCGUUGGGCUAAUCACCUUCGACCGAAUCUCAAGAAGGGUUCUUUCACACAUGAAGAAGAAAGACUCAUCAUUGAGCUUCAUGCAAAGAUGGGGAACAAAUGGGCUCGCAUGGCCAACUUGCUUCCAGGAAGAACAGACAAUGAGAUUAAGAACUACUGGAACACAAGAAUCAAGAGGCACCAACGGCAGGGUCUCCCUCUUUACCCUCCAAAUAUCCAAACUCAACAACAACAACACUUCCAACAUGAUUUGCUUCACCAUAACCAACACCAUCAAUAUAUUCACCAUAAGUCUUUCGACACACCGCCAAGUUCGAUCAACACCUUCUCCUUCCAACCUUAUCAACUGCCUUCCCCAACUGCAAUAGCACCGCCGAAUCUUCAUCCUUACCACCACCAAGCCUUUGCACCACACUCAUCUGCCUCUCACAAUGCCUUCCAAGCCUUGCCGCUUUUCAACUACUCUCAACAACAACAACAACAACAAAGUUACCAUCCAGACUAUACUCCCACAAACCCAAGUCAAUCUCCAUUCACUUUUCAAACUAAAAACCUAAAGCAAAAUUAUGAUCAUCCUUCCUCAGCUUCGACAACCCCAACCCAUGUCUCCCCUCUUCCUUCUCCUUCAGUAGCUAAUAAUUCGUCCCCUGUUUCUUCUUCUCACCAUCAACGCAUCCCAACUCUAGCACUCCUUGACUUCUCCUUCCCACGCCCCACUCCCAUCCUCCAAUCCCCUAAUCGCUUCAAGCGAUUUGCCUCUUGUGGUGACAUUGCCAACUCUCCAGCAGUUGUAGCCAACCAGCCUAACAACAACAAUGCUCAUCCACAUCAUUUACCACCCUCAUUAGCCAAUCCAUCAUCAACUCCACCUCUUCCUCCUCAUCCUAUCAUUUCUUCCAAUAACGUUGCACAUAUGGGAAAUUCUCAUAACCUAAACCAUCCCAAUGUACUCUCUAGCCUACUCGAUGGCAACAAUAGUGAGUUCCAUAAGGAGAUACAGAAGGAGAAUGAGGAGAUGUGCUCACUUUUAGCUUCCAUGUCUCACCAUCCAGAGCUCCCUUCAAAUCAACUUUUAUCACAAAACCCUUUUGGGGUCAAUUCUAGUACGAGUAUAAUCCCUCAAGGCCAGUUCACUAGAAGCAUUGAUAUGAAAAAUAGAGGCAAUAACAAGAACAACAAUAAUAUUAUGAUUAGCAAGGAGGAGGGUAAGAAUGACAUCUUGCUAGCAGCACCGACAUCGAACAACACUGGUAAUGCCUACGGAGGAUCGUUGGAGGAUCUUUGGCAAGAGGUCAAUCCAAAUUUGAUGAUGCAGAGGGAUAACUAUGUGAUGCAGAGGAAUGAUAAUGAUGUUCAUGGCUACACCACAACCAACAAGAAUGCCAUCAAUUUUUCCAACUAUGGUGAACAACAGGGAGAUAAUGAGGAGUUAAGCAAGUUCCUGGAAGAGAGUGAGAUUCGACAGACAGAUAAUCAAUUUUGUGGAGAAAAUUUCAGUGGUGGCGAUAAGGAUCAUCAGACAACCUCCAAUGACCCUUCAGUAGUGACAACAGAGGAUCACAUCAAUUUUGAUCUCCAUCACAUGUGUUCAUUUCUUCCCACAACAACCACGAUGACGACAACAGACCCGGAUAGGCCUCCCCUGGAGACUUAUUCAUGGGACAACUUGCCAGAGAUUUGCUAAGAAGUUAACUUCAAGAAGAGAGUUGGGGUUUGUAAUUAAGUCUUGUAAUCGUGGUCGUUCUUUUAUCCUUUAUACAUCUUUAUGAGAAUUUUGCAAAUUCGUUGGGGAUGUAAGUUUCCUAUAACUUGGAGAAGGGAACUCUCUUUUGUCUUGUGCUAUUGUUGUAAUGUAAGAGAUCCCCAUUGGGAAUACCCAAAUUUACUAACUAAAUAAUUCAAAUUUCUCGCUAUCUACGACACUAAUACAACAUUUAUUAAAAGUCACCUACACUUCAAUA